AUGUCACAACUAGAUAAAGAACUACGUUUACGAUACCCAGACAUUAAAGACGAAGACCAACGGAGCAUGAAUAUAACCUAUUAUAGAAAGGUUAAUAUAGAUGGUUCCCUCAACCCCAGAAAUUGGCUAUCUUAUAGCACUACUUUAGACAAAGUCUUUUGUCUAUAUUGUAUUAUGUUUGGUGGCACUAAGUCCAAUACUUUUUGGACUCAACUUGGAGUAAAUAAUUGGAAAAACAUUAAGCGUGACUUAGAGAGACACGAAGCAUCUUCUCUUCAUAAAGAUUGUGAAUAUGCAAACAUGACUUGGCUUGCAAAUAAGCGCAUUCAAGAUCAUUUGCUAUCAAAUAAGCUUGAUAUAAUCAUGGAAAAUCGUAAUAUAGUUCAUAAUAUUAUCGAUGCCAUUAUGUACCUUAUAAAAUGUAAUAUAGCCUUUUGGGGUUCUAAUUCGAAUGAAGGUAUUGGAAAAGAUCAAACUACCGAAGAAAAUUUCAAUAGCGAAAUCAUGACCAAAAUAAAAAAAUAG